AUGGCGCGAAAGAUCCACAACGUCGCCGUCGCUGGUGGACGGGGAAACGUCGGUGCACCCGUCGUGGCAAACCUUGUCGCUAACGGCUUCGAGGUCACGAUACUCGCCCGCCAGUCCAGCGACACCAGCGGCCUACCGUCUUCAGCCAAGGUGAAGAAAGUUGACUUCGAAUCCACCGAGGCACUGACUGCAGCACUUACUGGGCAAGAUGCUGUUGUCGAUUGCACGCUUGUGCAGGAUGAUACUCCCAAGCGUCUCAUGGACGCCUCUGUCGCCGCAGGAGUCUACCGAUACAUCCCCUCAGACUGGAGCCUUGACCCGCUCAACAAGGCGGCGAACUCCCUGCCGAUCUUUUCAAAGCGUGUUGAGCGAGAUAACCAUCUCUACGAGAGAUGCAAGUCGUCAAACAUGACUUGGACCAUCGUGGCGAACGGGCCGUUCCUGGAUUGGAAUCUCCGAACGGGGUUCGCCGGCAUCAACUUGGCCAACAAAAGGGCAGAUCUCAUGGACGGCGGUGAGAAUCGAGUUGUUUGGACGACUCUAGACUCGGUUGGCAAAGCCGUCGCUGGCAUCAUGAAACACCCCGAGGAGACGGAAAACCGGCCAGUGUACGUGCAGUCUGUGGUCAAGAGCUGCCAUGAGAUGCUCAAGCAUUCACAGUCGGUGCUCGGGGCAGAUGGAUGGCAGGUCGUCAAUGUGAACGCCGACGAGGCCAACAGCAAAGCUUUGGCUGAUUUGCAAAGUGGCAAGUUUGACAUGGGGACAUUUGGGACGUUGAUCAGAUAUUCUAACGCCAAGCCUGAGACCUUCUCUCCGUGGGAGAAGGUCGACAAUGGGCUGCUCGGGGUGCCGUUCAUGACGGAUGAUGAAUUGGAGUCCCUGAUCAAAGGGAUCGCGGCCUCGGCGAAUUAG